AUGGCCGCCGUUGCACGUUCCGCCCGCCUGGCUCAUCGCCUUGCCGCGCUUUCCCGUCCCGCUGUCGGCCGCGCUGUUGCCUCCUCAGUUGCUCAGCGUACUGCCUUCUCCGUGUCCGCCGGCCGCAUGAAGUCUGAGGUGAUCAAGGAGACUGAGGUACCUGUCACUGUGUACAGCCCGGACGCUAAAGGUGUCGCCUCGUCUAACUCGGCGGACCAUUUCAGCAUUCCCGUCAAGCCUGCUGCCACUUCCGCCCCGGAGGCCGCCGCCGCCGAGGAGGAUGCAUUCACGCCGCUGCAGGAGAAGGUGUACCGCCAGAUGCCCCGCACCAUGCAGAAGAUGAGCAUCAUGGGCAAGGUCGUCAUCGUGACUGGUGGCGCCCGUGGUCUCGGCAACCACAUGGCCCGCGCUUGCGCUGAGGCUGGUGCCAAGGCCAUCGCCAUCUUCGACGCCAACCAGGAGCUGGGCGACGAGUCGGCCGCCGAGCUGCACCAGAAGACCAGGCUUCCCGUCUCCUUCUUCAAGGUCGACGUCCGUGAUGGCAACGCCAUCAACGCGGCCGUGCAGAACGUCGUCGACCUCUACGGCGCCCCGGACGUGCUCGUCAACUCGGCGGGCAUCGCCGACUCCAACAUCAAGGCCGAGACGUACGACCCGGCUAUGUUCCGCCGCCUUAUCGACAUCAACCUGAACGGGUCGUUCCUCAUGGCGCAGGCCGUCGGCCGCGCCAUGAUGGCCGCCGGCAAGCCCGGCUCCAUCAUCCUGGUCGCCUCCAUGUCCGGCUCCAUCGUCAACUACCCGCAGGAGCAGUCGUGCUACAACGCCUCCAAGGCCGGCGUUAUCCAACUCGGCAAGUCGCUGGCCGCCGAGUGGGCCAAGUACAACAUCCGUGUCAACUGCAUCUCGCCGGGCUACAUGGACACGGCGCUGAACCGGGUCCCCGCCCUGGAUGCGCAGAAGAAGAUCUGGAAGUCGCUUACCCCGCAAGGGCGCCUCGGUGCUGUGGACGACCUCAACGGGCUGUGCGUCUUCUUGGCCUCGGACGCCUCGGGCUUCAUGACCGGCUCCAACGUCAUUAUCGAUGGUGGUUACACGCUCUACUAG